AUGCACACAGCGGCCGAUCGCGGGAGCCUGCAAAUCGUGACCCGGCUUCCACUCUUCAUCGCCUAUGCGAGGGCGGACCGAGAGGCCCUGACGAACAACUCAUGGACGUCCCGCCACAUCGCCAUCCUGUAUGGCGUCACCAACGAAGAGUACCUCGGCCUUCUCCCUGAAUCGGGUACCCGAGCGGACGACCUGCCCGAGGGCAAAGGGCACCGACUCAAGAAGGAGUGUGAUGCCUGCGUUGCUGUGAGCAGUACCCUACACCUGUUGGUCCUGGAAACUAGUUCUAGGAGCUGA